AUGGUACUCUCCGUCCUCGUUGCAAUCAUCUCAGCACCCGCUCUUCUCGGAACACAAGAGGCAAUCCGACAAUCGCAGGCCAAAGAGAAGAGAGAGGAACAUCGAGCCCGGCGAUGCAAUCUCAUCGCAACUUGCGUCAAGUCGUCACUGCGAAGUCGCGAAAUCAAUGGUCGUCCGCUUGUCCUGCGGAACGGUAAGAUCUACAUCGACACCGGCACCAGCGAUGGCAGUCCGUUCGGCCAUGCCUACGCGGGAUACUACCUUCCCUACCCGGACACCAAAUACGAAGGCCUGGUGACGACGAUAACCGACGAAGCACCCAUAAUGAACUGGGUGUACGUCGACCGGGAGACGUGCGAGCUCAAGUACGGCGUGCGCGCGAAUGCGCAACCCAACCUUACUGGGCCCUUUGAUUGCACUCGACAGGACAGGCGCCUGACGUUCGAUGGCUGGGAAGGUUUCUGCGCAGUGGAAGAGUUCCCAACGUUGUGGGCCGUUUACUUCGACUUGGACGAUGAUGGGCUGCGUGGGAAGGUGCCAGAGGGGACUCGCGUUCUCGACAUCGAACUCUCGCGAAAAGAGAAGAGAUGGAAGAAGGAAUCGGAGAGUAGACAGCAGGACCAGACGACAAAAAGGGAGGUCGAUACGAAGACUGACGCACCUCACGAUAAACCUAUUACAGUAACGCCGCAGUUGAAUCCCCCUGGUGCAGGUGCAGAAGUCAAUGUAGAACCUCCAGCGCCUUUCCCAUUGCCAAAGACCAUAUUUCCGGAUUCUGCUCCGCUGCCCAUGCCAGUGCCAGACUCGGAGGAUGCUGCACAAGCUCGGCCCGUAGCUCGAACCCCUUCGCCAGGUGCAACCAAACAGCAAUCGCCUCCCUCUGCGGAAAGAAAAAGCAGAUCUUCUUCCACCACCACCACCCCAAAGCUGAAUCGAAGCAGUGGCUCGAGAGCCCUCGCGCAAGCCCAGAAAUUUGAAGCCAUGAGCCAGGCAGAGCCGCCUCCGCUCCUCCGGACCGCGAAAUCAUUCAACAGGCGCGAGAGCAGCAACAACUCUGACUCUGCGUCCAACUACUCAGAAAGCGGGACGACAGACAUCAUCGGUGCGUAUGCUCGACCUUACUCUGCCGUCGUACCCGCAGCAGCGGCAACGCUGGACAAACCGAUCAAAGCGUCGGACCCAGCGAUAUUUGGAGCAUCGACAGGCAAAUCUCCUCCGAGAGCUUCGGUGGCAAAGGAGGUGUCAUCAUCUACAAGAGACAAGAAGGCCGUGGUGGCGGAUGAGACGAUGCGAAAACGGCCCACUCCCUCUGUUCAGACCUCCAGACCGCGAAAAGAGUCGCUGCCACCAGUACCCAACCCUACCAGCAGAAGUUCGUCCCGAAACACGUCAUCGCCCGUUGACCGUCGAACAGCAUCCAUGGACCGUACCCGUCCCCUAGAAAGACGCCCCACAGUCUCGAGAGAAGCACUUGCUCGCAGUUCGCCCAGGCCAGUACGCGAUACAUCGAGUUCAAGAAGGGUUCCUCCAGCAUCGUCAUCACCGUCACCGUCAGCAUCGUUGACACGAGAACGAGGUGCCUCGACCUCUUCAACAAGAAGCAAUGAUGCGAGAUCGUUGCCAAAGCCUCUCAGUCGCACAAAUACGACUCCUGUUCCAGGAAAGAGAUCCAUGGCAGGUAUGACAAUGACGUCGGGAUCUAUGACAUCCAUGUCUAGACAGAUGGCCCCGCCGAUAGUGCCAGGUCGUGAUCGCACCAACUCGAGUUUGUACCGCGAGAUUGAUGAUAUUUUGAAGCCUGGAUCUAUUGGCGAUGGAGGUAGCAGGAGUUCACAGCGCGAGGAGCGGAAGGAUAGCAGAGGAAACGAGCGGGAUCGGCCGCAACCUUUGCUACGUAGGGCACAGACUUCGAAGGCGCUGCCGCCAACGACGAGAGGGAGGGGGAGUGUGGGUGAAAGGGACGGGAGGUCUAGAAGGUCGGUGGAGAAGAAACCACCGGGGGUGUUUUGA